AGCAAAUGGGUGUUACAACUUACAAUAACUAUAUACAUUUGCCAAGAAAAGUAAUAUAUCAUGUCAAUUCUAUAAAAAAGACUGAUUAGUGAUUGACAGGAAGUUGAGACAAUUGAAUGAAAGAUUUUCCUCAAAAUCAGAAAAUACGAAUUUCUAAUUAUCGAGUAUUAACAUAUGAAUCUUCAAUCUCGACUACAACUAAUUAAUUAAACUACAUUAAAUUUUUUGUAAGUCUCAAUUUCUUCUUUUUUUUCUUCUUGUGUCCUUCAUUCUCUUCAAUUGCUAAUUAUUGGUGAAUUGCCUAAUUAGAAUCACAAAGGAACAAAGAGGAUGCAAACUAUUGUAUUUUUUUUUUUUUUUAAGAAAAGAUAAAAAGUAUUUAGAAUUUUUUAAAUGUCCGUGGGUGCAUGAAGAAAGAGAGAAAUAGUGUAGAAGGGGAAAAAUGGAUACAUUUAUCCCCACACAAGUAUGAAAUUAUUAUUAGAUGCAGUGUCACAGUCAUCUUUUCUCCUAGUGUACCUUCCAUUUUAAUUUAUUACCCCUUUGUCUUUUGCCUUCAUUCCUUCUCCAUCACUAAUAUCCCCUUUGCCCCAUCUCUCUUUUCUUUAUUUAUAACAUUAUUUCCUACUACUAGAUUUGCAGGGGACAAACCUAAACUUCUUCUCUUCUUCAAUUAGGGUUUUCCUCCUUAGAGGACUUCACCUGUAACUAUUGAACUUGUGAAGCUCAUUUCUUUUUUUUCUUUCUAUCUGCUACAGUUUUGUGGUACUUUGUUUUUUGUAACUUUGAAGAAACAAGAGCCAAGUGUUGAUCUGAAGGAGCCCCCUGAAAGAGGAAAAAAGCAAGCUAGGGAGAGAACAAUAAUCAAUGGCAUCAUCCAGCUCAUACAACUCCCCUUGUGCUGCCUGCAAGUUCCUAAGAAGAAAAUGUCUUCCUGGCUGCAUUUUCUCACCUUAUUUCCCACCCGAGGAGCCGCAAAAAUUCAUCAACGUCCACAAAAUCUUCGGCGCAAGCAACGUGACCAAGCUCCUCAACGAACUCUCGCCGCACCAAAGAGAAGACGCAGUCAACUCUUUAGCCUACGAAGCCGAGGCAAGAGUGAGGGAUCCCGUCUAUGGCUGCGUAGGGGCAAUCUCCUUCCUCCAACGCCAAGUCGAGCGCCUUCAGAAGGAGCUCGACGCGGCUAAUGCGGACUUGAUCCGCUAUGCUUGCAAUGACUUCACACCGACACCGCCUUUACCGGUUCCUAACAUGGCUCUACGCCAAAGGCCGGUUGAGUUUAGUAGAAGAUUGUCAAUGGGGCAUCAUCAUGAUGGUGGUAGUGGUGGAGGUUUUAAUCAAACACCUAGUUUUCCUAUCCCAUAUACUCUCCCUAAUUGGAAUGAUCAUCAAAACCCUUCUGGAGAUCAUAUUCAUGGUGGUGGAGAAGGAAGUAUUUGAUUAUCUAUUUCAUGAGGCAAAAUAAUUCCCUUGCUAGGGUUUGUGACCCUCUUAAGAGAAUGGUAUAUGCAAUUCUUAAGUACUACUUGGUUUAUGCUUUUUCGAGCUAACCCUUUUCACAUUCACCGUCCUAGCUAUAACAACAAUGAGUCCUAUAUAUUAUCUCUUGAACUCAAAGUCUUGUUCUUAGGAUUUUAUAUUAUGGCUAUUGUGUCAUAUUCAGAGACUACUACCUAAGAUGAGGCAUGGCAAGUCUAUGGCUACUAAAUUGAGAGAGUCCAGAGUCUAGAAAAGAUGGCUAUUUGAAGUGUACUGAUUUAUGGGAUUUGUUUAUGGUCAAUAAACAAUAAAUUAACCAUUUCGCAUCUCAUUGUAAAGCAGAUUCUCCAGUUAGAAUCUGUAGCUCUAUAUAUUUAAGUCGUCCUUUAUUUUAUGCAUUUACUUAUUUACAUAGAA